AUGUCAGUGAUGGAAAAACUUGAAAAUGCUUCCUGGGUCCACCAGCAGGAACUGGAAGAUCCACUCAAGAAGUACUUGAACAGCACCGAGGACUACCUGGCCUACCUGUGUGGGCCUCCGCGCAGCCACCUCUUCCUCCCGGUGUCCACGGUGUAUGCGCUGAUUUUUGUGGUGGGGGUGGUGGGCAAUCUUCUGGUGUGCUUGGUGAUUCUCCGGCACCAGACAAUGAAGACACCCACCAAUUACUACCUGUUCAGCUUGGCCGUGUCUGACCUCCUGGUCCUGCUCCUGGGAAUGCCCAUGGAAGUCUAUGAGAUGUGGCGAAACUACCCCUUCCUCUUCGGGCCGGUGGGCUGCUACUUCAAGACGGCCCUCUUUGAGACGGUGUGCUUCGCCUCCAUCCUCAGCGUCACCACGGUCAGCGUGGAGCGCUACGUGGCCAUCCUGCACCCCUUUCGAGCUAAGCUGGAGAGCACUCGUCGGAGGGCUCUUAGGAUCCUGGGCAUUGUCUGGGGCUUCUCCCUCAUCUUCUCUCUGCCCAACACCAGUAUCCAUGGCAUCAAACUCCAUUAUUUCCCCAAUGGAACUUCGAUCCCGGGCUCUGCCACCUGUACAGUCAUCAAGCCCAUGUGGAUCUACAAUUUCAUCAUCCAGGUCACCUCCUUCCUCUUCUACAUCCUCCCCAUGACGCUCAUCAGUGUCCUCUACUACCUCAUGGGGCUCAGACUAAAGAAAGAUGAAUCCCUUGAGGCAGAUGAAGUGACUGCAAAUAUCCAUAGACCUUCCAGAAAAUCAGUAACCAAGAUGCUGUUUGUUUUGGUCUUAGUAUUUGCCAUCUGUUGGACCCCAUUCCACAUUGAUCGCCUCUUCUUCAGCUUCGUGGAGGAGUGGACUGAGUCCCUGGCUGCUGUGUUCAACCUCAUCCAUGUGGUGUCAGGGGUCUUCUUCUAUCUGAGCUCAGCAGUCAACCCAAUUAUCUACAACCUACUGUCUCGCCGCUUCCGGGCAGCAUUUCGGAAUGUCAUCUCUCCUUCCUGCAAAAGGUGGCAUUCCCAGGAUCACCCACAGGGACCACCUGCCCAGCGGAACAUCUUCCUCACAGAAUGCCACCUUGUGGAGCUGACAGAAGACACAGGUCCUCAGAUGCCCUGUCAGUCAUCUAUCUGCAAUUCUCAGCUCUCCACAGACUUCUGCCCUGAAAGGCCAACAUGA